CCUUCCUUUUGCUCCGCAUAGACAUCGUUCGCGGUUGUAUUCUACGAUUCCUUCGUGGGAAACCCGAAGAUCGAGCCGGGAACUAUGACGUCAAAUAUAAAAGGCGGUCAGCCCAUUAUAAACCAAAUAUCUCGAGCGCAAUGUGUUCAUCUUCGGCGUAUGGAUGAAGGCACCGCCAUGCCAUGGGGGCAACGUCUGAAAACCAAAUUUUUAAACGUUUUUUCUAAGAGCGAAGAACAGUCGGAGGACGUGGAAGCAUCGAACCAACAUCAACAAACGAAGCAGUAUCGUCUAGAAGCCACCCGACGAAGCCCUCAACAGUCUCUGUUUUGGAAAAUCACGACGUGCAACGGAAGAAUUGGCUCACCCCGCCGUUCGACUGGUCUCGCCAUUGGCAUAAACCCCAACCAAAAACUUGCGAUGUAUUUGCAUUGGAUGUUCCGUGUCAAUUUUCUAUUCUUGUUCGUGGUCAUGUGUGUAAUGUUUUUUGCUCUCGUGAUUCUAUUUGCGGGGUUCAUAACCAUGGCCGGUAGAAUUGAUGAGGAAUGUGUACGAAUUGGCGGAGAGCUCUUUGCGUCCACAGACGCAGCCUUUGCUGAUGCCUUCGCCUUGUCGUGGACAACUUUUUCGACCGUCGGAUAUGGUUCGACGGCGCCAGCUUUGAGCUACCAAAACUCGAGCCCAACCCAUUGUUUCUUUAUCAAUUUUAUAUGCUCGCUCGAAGCUUUGUUGGGGGUGUUAUACUCUGGCUUUUGUGGCGCAAUUUUGUUUGGCAAAGUAUUGCGUAUUCAGUCACACGCACAAGUGAUCUUUAGUGAUCCGAUUGUUAUUCGGUUUGGUCCUGGGGUACGGCGAAACAACGAUUUUGAUCCCAAUCACGGGCACGACGAAUCUUCGGACGACGAAGAGAAAGAGCCCUGUCCGGUGUUGGAAUUUCGAAUCAUCAAUCGACUCUACAAUGAAGUUGGUGGCGAAAUCAUGGACGCAACCCUGAAUGUCGUUGCCAAUGUCGAUGCGAGUGAUGCCGAUCCCUCCUUACAGGAGUCUUUUGAAAAUGACCGGAAUUCGGCCGCCCAAAGCAUUUCAGGUGAAACUGCGAGUGACACAAGUAGCAUAGCAGAAUCGACGAGAUUCGAUUUGUUGACAUCUGUUAUCAGUCGAAAUUUUUUGGGUCGUUAUCAUCGCCGUGAUCAGCAAGCAUUGGAUGAAGACCCGUCGGCAAGGCUUGUUAGUAAGCAGAUAUUUUCCAAGAUGGUGAUCGAAGCCUCGGACCACCCGUUUUUUAAGCGAGUCUGGUUGGCACGCCACGUCCUUGACGAGCAUUCCCCCCUAUUGAAACCCCGACUGCGUCGACAGAUUCGUCGACACGGUGGUUCCUGGCCAUCGCGUCUCAACAACUGUGACGAUGUUCGAGAAUCUCUUCAAUUCAACCAAGUUUUAGUCUCAUUGAACGGUGUUUCGAACGUCUCAGCGUCGGAUGUUUACGCUCAAAAGAUUUACGACUUUGUGGAUAUAAAUAUUGGCUAUCAGUUUGUGAAUAUUCUCUAUCGUGAUGGGGAUGGCUCCCUCGGUGUUGAUACGGAUUUAAUCAAUGACGUACGGGAACAAAACGGAGGUGGAGGCGAGACGCUGAUUUUCGACGAGUAA